UUCACCAACCUUUCCGAACUACCGAAGGCACAGUCGCACAGAGAGAGAGAGAGUAUUUCCUAUUUCGUAUUUUGUGUAUUGCGUUACGUUUUGUUUCGAUUAGUUACUUAAUUUUUCGUCUACCAACCACUCUUCUCUAUCAGUCAUUCGUUUUCUCUAGUUCUUUUUCCUUGCGAGCUACCGUUUAUGUUAUCGUCAUUUUUUUUCUUCUUUCUAAAUUUACGGUAUUUACACUUUUGGUUUUUUUCCUUGAUUCCUCUAACGCUUGAGCAUUCCAUUAGAUGCUGUUCGAUUUCCGGGCAUCUGGAGCUGAAGUCUACUCCGGUUUCUGAUCGAACCAGAGUGGCUUCUAUUUUGGUCUCCAAUGUUUCGCGUUCUACAGAGUACAGACGUGAAAAGCGAAAGUGGUUCAUGCUGUUGUUUUUAGUGUCUUGCCCCUCCUCCCCUGUAAGCUGUAGGGUUUCUUUUGCAAAUGCAGAUUCGGAGAACCAUGGCUAACUACUAACCUCCCCUCGUUUUUAUUGUUGGGGGCUUAUUCAGUUUCGUUUCUUAUGUAUAUUUGGUUUGCUUCUCUGGGAUUUGAGAAAUUUCGAGCUUGGUUGGGUUCGCCGGAAAGAUGGCGUAUAAUGCCGAUGAUGCCGUGGGUCCAGAACUGAAGCUGCAAGUUGGGGAGGGAAACGGGGAUUAUGUGAGAUUGGAAUGCUCGAAUAACUGCCAAGUGAAUGAAUUCAAAAGGACGGAGCCUUCAUCUUCUAUUAAGUGCAGAUCGUUAUGGGGCAGAUCAUUGUGGUGGUGGGCGAAGGUGAUUCUAGCGGGCAUUUGUGUGGGGUUGCUCUCCGCAGCAUGUCUCAUUUGGGUUGUCCCUUUCGUCCUCGAUAAGGAAAUUUUCCCAAUCUUGGACUGGGAGAUGGCAACAUUCAGUCCACCUGUGCUUGCGGUUAUACUUUUUGCUUCUGUGGCAUUAUUUCCUACCCUAUUGUUGCCAUCUACACCUUCUAUGUGGGUGGCUGGGAUUACGUUUGGAUAUGGUAUUGGGUUCUUGCUAAUCAUAGCAGGGGUGUCUGUGGGUGUAUCAUUGCCAUAUUUUAUUGGUUCUUGCUUUCAUCAUAAAAUCCAAAGGUGGUUAAAGAAAUCACCGAAGAGAGCUGAAUUUAUAAGAUUAGCUGGUGCAGGAGAUUGGUUCCAUCAGUUUCGAGCAGUGGCCUUACUGAGGAUUUCUCCAUUUCCAUAUCUUAUUUUGAAUUAUGCUGUAGUUGCAACAAACAUCAAGUAUGGUCCUUACAUACUGGGGUCAUUGGUAGGAAUGGUACCUGAAGUUUUUGUUACAAUUUACAGUGGCAUUAUGAUAAGGACAUUGGCGGAUGCGGCACAUGGCCGGAAAUCCCUCUCAACGCAGCAGACCAUUAUCAACAUUUUCGGUUUCUCUGCAACCCUUGCUGCGACUGCAAUAAUCACUCUCUAUGCAAAGCGCCAGCUCAAGGAACUUAAGGAUGAAGAGGAGCCACUGCUGGAGUAGGCUUGGUUUUGAUAGUGGCAGAGAUGUCUUCUGGCUAUGCCUAGUUGAAAUGUAUUCCUGAGCCAAGUACAUGCGCUUAGUGCUAUAUUUCUACGUCACUGAGUGCUGCCAGUCAUUGGGAUCAACAGGGAUUGCAUAUUUGCAUGGAGGUUACUGAUGCCACGUCUUAUUUUUUGUUUUGUUUUUUUUUUCUAUGGGGAAAAGGGGGAUGGUUAUACUUAUUCAAGUGUAUAUAUAUAUGCUAGUGGUGUAUGGGUUUAUGAGAAGCAGCGAAGCAAAUUACUAUUGGAUAUGAACAUACCAUCGACAUCUUCACAAGGUCAGGGUGAGCCGAAAAAAAGAGAAAUUAAGCCUUAAAAUUGGAAGGCGCUUAUCCCAUUGAAAGUCUCUUAAGUCUUAACUGUUGAUGAAUGUAUUUACAUUUUUUGUGUGUAAUUCUCAAGUUCUCGAAGUUAAAAUCACAAGGUCAUUUUCUGUGUGUAA